AUGAGUUUGAGACCUGAAAAACCGGCAUGGAUGUCCCAGGAGGACUACGAUCGUCAGUAUGACAUCGAUUCAAAGGACAGUCGCACUGCCGCAGCAACAAGUGGACCAACCAAUGAAAAUACUCAAUCUCCAGAACCAAUUAGUGGUUCCGAGUCAACAAACUCAGCUCUUAACAAGGUUGAGAAACGUAAGCAUAGUAGAUAUGAUCAAGAUGAAAGGAAGAGGAGAACUGAACAACAAAGGAUUAGAGAUGAGCAAUUCAAGCAGCAUGAAAUAGAAUUAACAGCCAACAAGACAUUGAAUGUGAAUCAGAUCGUCAGAGAACAUUAUAAUGAAAGAACUGUGAUUGCGAAUAGAUCGAAGAGAAACUUGUCACCCAUUAUCAAGCUUCGUAACUUUAACAAUGCAAUCAAGUAUAUGCUUAUUGACAAAUACACUAAACGUGGUGAUGUUGUUCUAGAAUUAGGUUGUGGUAAAGGUGGUGAUCUAAGAAAGUAUGGUAAUGCAGGCAUUUCACAAUUCAUUGGAAUUGAUAUAUCAAAUGCAUCUAUUCAGGAAGCUCAUAAGAGAUACAGAUCAAUGAGAAAUCUGGAAUACCAGGUUAUCCUAAUUACUGGUGACUGUUUUGGAGAAUCUCUGGGUGUGGCUGUGGAACCAUUCCCACAGUGUAACUUUCCAUGUGAUGUUGUUUCAACCCAAUUCUGUUUACAUUAUGCCUUCGAGACAGAAGAAAAAGCCAGAAGAGCUCUAUUAAACGUUUCCAAAUCUCUAAAAGUUGGAGGUUACUUCUUCGGAACAAUUCCUGAUUCUGAAUUUAUUCGUUAUAAAUUAAACAAAAUAAACAAAGAGGUUGAAAAACCAAGCUGGGGUAAUUCAAUUUACAAAGUUACAUUUGAAAACAAUGAAUAUUCUAAGAAUGGAAAUGAAUUUCUUACACCAUACGGACAAAUGUACACAUUCUGGCUAGAAGACGCCAUUGAUAAUGUUCCCGAAUAUGUGGUUCCAUUCGAAACCUUAAGAAGUUUGGCUGAUGAAUAUGGUAUGAGUCUUGAAUUACAAAUGCCUUUCAACAAGUUUUUUGCUCAAGAGAUUCCCCAAUGGUUCCAUAAAUUUUCACCAAAGAUGAAAGAAGGCCUUCAAAGAUCAGAUGGUAGGUUUGGUAUUGAAGGGGCUGAGAAAGAAGCAGCGGCUUAUUUCUAUACGAUGUUUUGUUUCCGUAAAAUUAAGGAUAUUCCAAACUAA